CGACCGAGCUACUGUAAUUUCCGACUGCCUGUUUGCACGUCGAGAAAACCUCCGGAAAGCUUUUCUUUUCUACAUAGAUCUAUCCCUGUUCGUAAGAUCCAAAGAGAAAUUUCUAGGAAGGUAAGAUCUAAAGCAAGCAAAAAAAUCAGUUCGCGAAUGUGAUUAAGGCAUCGUUUACGGAUUGUCUUUCACGAUUUCCUCGUAUGAUCUUCAUCAGAAGCUGUCUAGUUAUUAUUCACGGACUCAGAAUACCAUAAUUAUGCAAGUAUAGUUGUAGAUUUGUAAAUUCAUUGCAACGGGAUUGUGAUUUGUGAGGUUCAAAUGUCCGGAGGCGAAUUCAGCGAUCAAAAUAUAUUGCUGAUAUCGAAUUCGUCAACUUCAGAGAGGGAUUUGGAAGGUCAAGGAUCUCCAAGGAGUAAGAAAGGCAUUAGAGAUCUGCUUAAACGGUUGGAUCGAGGGUUUUCGGGACGCCGUCUGAGUAUCAAGCGGCCCGAUAGGGAUCACCGGCCGGAGAGGGGCCAUUCUCCGCUUCCAGAUCAUGCUGGCCACGGCGGCGGUAGUGGCAGCGGUGGUGAUGAGAUCCUCGGCGAUAGUGCUCCUCCUGAAUGGGCGUUGCUGCUCAUUGGUUGCCUUCUUGGCCUCGCCACUGGUCUCUGUGUCGCUGCUUUCAACCGAGGGGUGCAUGUAAUUCAUGGAUGGGCCUGGGCUGGUACUCCGAAUGAGGGAGCUGCUUGGCUUCGUUUGCAGAGACUUGCUGACACCUGGCAUCGGAUACUUUUAAUACCGGUAACAGGAGGAGUUAUUGUUGGCAUGCUGCAUGGUUUACUUGAAAUAUUGGAUCAAAUAAGACAGUCCACUUAUUCUCAAGGACAAGGUUUUGAUGUGCUCGCUGGAGUCUUUCCAAUAGUAAAAGCCAUCCAGGCUGCUGUAACGUUAGGUACUGGUUGUUCUUUGGGUCCUGAAGGCCCUAGUGUAGAUAUCGGAAAAUCAUGUGCCAAUGGAUGCUCUGUGAUGAUGGAAAACAAUAGGGAAAGGAGAAUUGCUCUUGUUGCAGCAGGUGCAGCUGCUGGUAUCGCUUCAGGUUUCAAUGCAGCAGUCGCUGGUUGUUUCUUUGCUAUUGAAACUGUUUUAAGGCCUGAGCGUGCAGAGAACUCUCCUCCAUUUACAACUGCAAUGAUAAUAUUGGCAUCUGUUAUUUCAUCUACUGUAUCAAAUGCUGUUCUAGGGGAGAAACAGGCUUUCACGGUGCCCACGUAUGAUUUAAAAUCUGCUGCUGAAUUACCUUUGUAUCUCAUACUGGGAAUGCUAUGUGGAGUGGUAAGUGUAGUGUUCACUCGCUUGGUAGUUUGGUUCAACAAGGCAUUUGAGGCUAUCAAGGAGAAGUUUGGACUUCCUGCUGUUGUGUGCCCUGCUUUAGGGGGUUUAGGAGCGGGAAUAAUAGCUCUUAAGUAUCCUGGAAUACUCUACUGGGGUUUCACUAAUGUUGAUGAAAUUUUACAUACUGGGAAGACUGCAUCAGCACCUGGAAUCUGGUUGCUAGCUCAGUUAGCUGCUGCAAAAGUUGUAGCAACGGCCCUGUGCAAGGGAUCUGGGCUUGUUGGUGGGUUGUAUGCACCAAGUUUAAUGAUAGGUGCUGCCGUGGGGGCUGUGUUUGGGGGUUCGGCUGGAGAACUAAUUAAUUCAGCCAUUCCAGGAAAUGCUGCUAUUGCACAGCCACAAGCAUAUGCGCUGGUUGGGAUGGCUGCUACAUUAGCUUCAGUGUGUUCAGUACCCUUGACCUCAGUUUUACUUCUGUUUGAGCUAACAAAAGAUUACAGGAUCUUGCUUCCCCUCAUGGGGGCUGUUGGAUUAGCAAUUUGGGUUCCUUCUGUGACAAACCAGUCCAAGGAGAUGGAGGGAUCUGAUACGAAGAGUCUAUCAAGAGGCUACUCUAUUCUUUUGCCAGUUGAAGACAAAACUAGGGAAGGUGAAUGGGGACAAACUGAUGGUGGAGAUGAUUUAGAACUCUCUGUUAUGGGAAAUGAUGGUAACCAUGGAGCACUUGAUGACAAUCUAUUUCUGGAAAAUCUGAAGGUUUCUCAGGUUAUGUCAAAGAACUAUUUAAAGGUCUCACUGACCCAAACUUUGAAAGGGGCAUUAAAAUGCAUGCACGAUGGCCAACAGAGUUGUGUUCUUGUGGUUGAUUCUGAAGAUUAUCUAGAAGGCAUUUUAACAUAUGGUGAUAUAAAAAGGUCCUUGUUCAAGAACUCUGGUGAUGCUUCCAACAGAGAUUUGUCACUUCCUGAUGCAAAUACAUGUCUUGUUUCCUCUGUCUACACUCGAGGGAUAAGCUACCGUGGACGAAACUGUGGACUUCUAACUUGUUAUCCGGAUAUUGAUUUGGCAAUUGCUAAGCAGCUAAUGGAGGCCAAGGGAAUAAAGCAACUGCCUGUGGUUAAACGUGGUGGAGAUUUCCAAAAAGAAAGAAAACGCAGAAUAGUUGCUAUUCUUUAUUAUGAUUCAAUUUGGAACUGUCUCAGAGAUGAAAUUAAACGCAGGGAAUCAGUCAACUACCAGAGAAAAGAAGACAAUCAGGAGGAGAUGAGUGCAAAUGGCCAUUAAUGAGGUGAUACCAAAAACCCAAGUUAUAUUUGACUGCCACCAUGAAAGUAAGUCGUGGAAGCCAUUUAUGCUAUGGAUUUUCCAUUCUUGGCAUCAAUUGUUGGUUUAAGCGAGUACAUAUUUUCCUGAAUCCCUUAUUUCGGGGGGUCGAUUUCAUUGUAGUGAUUGGUUGUCUUUUUAUCUACAUUUCCCAAAUGUGAUUCAACAAACACUUUUUGUACGUGUAAUUUGCUCCAAAUCCAAUAGUUAAAGCGAGAUAUUUCAUUGCAAAAAAUGAAACGGAACAGAUAUUUAAGGUCAAUACGUGAUGUCUACAAAUUUAUUAGAUGCCUCUUUGUGGCUUAAGAGACAUACAAAGCUGAUAUGACGA